AUGAUGAUCGUCAGCUGUCGGAACAGCAAAAUGACGAAAAACGACAUAAGACAACAACAAGUGAGCAACACGACUUACGAAGUGAACUCAACAAUAUUUCCAAUGAAUGCCUGCACUUUUCAAAAACAGCACGAGACAAACCUUUCCGGAGAGCACGCGAACUUUACCGAAGUAUUGACGACAGAAAGUGCUAACAUAAGGCAUAGCGAUAUGAAUUCCCAUUUCGAUGAGCCGGAAACCGAAGAGCGUUUGGCUGUAGACAAUCUGGCAACAGAAAGAACUGACGUUGUAAAUGACGUAAUCAACAAAAACAUGGAACAGAAUGACCAAGAUGUUGCCCAUAGUAACGUGACGUCACAUGCUGGUCCGGGUAAAGCAAUGGAGAGUAAACCAAGCAGUGACAAAAUCAUACGAGAACCAAUCAGAGUCAAAGAUAGCGAAAACAAAAUAAAGUGCUCAAAUUGCGAGAGAGUUUUAAGUAACAUGGAGGAGUUCAUGACGCACAAAUGUGGCAAGAUAGCCCGUUGUUCCGUUUGCUUUAAAGGUUUUCCUCGUCAGUCGUUGCUACGGCAACACAUGGUCUUACAUCAAGGAAGCAAAAGAUUUCGAUUCACUUGUAAUUACUGCGGUCGCGCCUUCCGUCAUCGCAGUCACUUGAGAGACCACGAGAGGAUACAUACGGGAGAGCGGCCUUUCAAAUGUUCGUUCUGUCCAAAGGCCUUCAAGCAAUCCAGCGAUCAUCGAAAGCACGAAAACCUGCACACAGGCACGACACGAUACCGCUGUGAAAAAUGCUCGCUGGACUUUAAGCGAUGCGAUGCCCUGAAGCGUCAUGCCAUGCUACACAGCAAGGGAGAGGUGACGCUGAUGAAAUGUGAAAAAUGCCGAAGUCUGUUUGCGACCGCCGACGGUCACAUGACGCACGUCUGUCAAAAUAAACCUUAUAGAUAUCGAUGUCAAAUUUGUCCGAAACGGUUCACAGAAGCGGAAAACCUACGUCGCCAUUGCUACCAACAUCAUACUGAACUCUUUACGGACUCGCAACUGCGAUGUGAAUUUUGUAAAAUGGAAUUUGAAAACCUUGAAAAGCUUGAUAAACACUUGACGACACAUCGACUGAAGAAGACUCAUAAAUGUCGAACGUGUGGUCAGAAAUUUUCCCUUCUCAAUCAGCUUGUGGAGCACGUCAAAACACACAGUGACGCGCCUCAAUCUGGCAACGAUACCUGCAAUAAUGGUGAGUUCACGCCGGAUCAAGAACAUCAUGAAGAAAGUCCGUCCAAUACCGCUACUGGUGACUCAUGGGAAGGCCAAGAACCUAUGAUAUCCAGUCAUUCACCUCAAUCCAUCAUAGUACAUCCGUCACCCGUAUGGCCUCAACGUCAACACUAUUAUUUUCCCAUGCCCGCCUCGAGCAUGGAGCCCGAAAGAAGACACGAUUACACACCGAGUACAAUACGACAGCACACGACAUCACGACCUACGUCAACAUCACCACCCAAACAAUCUUCUAACAUGCUGCAAAAAGAUGCUUUAUCCCGCUCCCAAACAUUCUCCAUCUCUCGACGGGAAUCUCCGAUCCCUUUACGGUCAUUCUCGACAUCACCCCGUUCCAAUACGGCACCAUCAAAAAUUAUGCCGAAUCCUGCUCAAACGAGCCCGAAUGCUCUACGACAGUUUACGACUUCACGUCCAAAUUACUAUGAUGUAACUAAUGGCCCGAUUCCUCCUCAGAUUUACAGCAUUCGUAAUGAAGCAAAAACCGGACGAGAAGUCGCAACUGUUAUUCAAAACACCGCAAGAACAACGCAACAGGAUUUUAUGACUAACAGCAAUGUCGUCGAUCCCGGCAAAAGUCGAGAGAGGUUCAUGGAAAAUCCACCUAACGUACAGGAAAACAUCCGUGCUAACGAGUUAGUUAACGAUGAAAAAGUUGGUGAAGUUAACCCUUUCAAUUAUCGAUCGAAUACAACGAAUCCACCACAAAAACAAAAUACGGUUGAUGUGCUUAAUCGAACUUUCCACGGGUUACGAAGACAUCCCGACGACAUACGGAUGAUGGCGGGCGCAAUCCGAAAAACACCCGAAAGACGGCAUUUCACGAACUCCUUAAAGAGCCCGGUGAAAUGUUACGAUGAUUUUAUUCAAAGAAAAACGAGUUAACGGUUGAACAUAAAAAUGAUCAAUUUGAAGCGAAGGAUGCGAAAAUGAUGAUUUCCGAGGCCAUCGUACGACAAAAAUACACCUGUUUAAAUUGUCGUUCAGAAUUCACCAACGAACACGCUCUUGUUCAGCACGUUUGCAAAAUGUUCACUGAAAUCGCCUACAACUGCGAGGUGUGCGAGAAAAACUUCGAGACGUUCGAAAUCCUCCAACGUCAUAUGAGACUUCAUUGGAAGCAAGUGAUCCUUUUUAAAUGCAGUCUUUGCGGGGAACGUAUAGAUUCCGAGGGAUCACUGAAGGAUCACAACAUGAAACACAUCCAGGAAGAAAGAUCCGGUAAACCUCGAAGCUAUUCAGGAAUGGAAGAGGUUCACACUAGCGAUGGGCGGCUCUAUGCAGGGAUGGAAGAGGAUCAGACUAGCGAUAGGCGGCUCUAUGCAGGGAUGGAAGAGGAUCAGACUAUCGACAGGCGAUCUUAUUCAAAGAUACCAAGGGAUCAGACGAGCAAUCAGGGAUCCUAUCUUAGGAAAGAAGGGGAUCAAACAAGGUUAGCUACUAUGGAAGAACCAAACUCUGCUAAUGUAUAUGUAAGGGGUCCCAGAGACUCCAACUUACACCAAGUACCGGCUGUUAUAUGUUCAGUCAGCGGUAAUAUUGUUACUACUUUCACACCACCGGGACGAGACCACGUUGAGCGUAUCGAGGGGACUGGAAUCGAACAAAAUAACAGGUCAAACAAGGAAGACGAAAGCCAAGAUGGCCACCACUCAAAGACUCCAGGAGCUUUCAUGAAUUAUUAUGAACACAAAAAAACACAUGAAUAUUUGAUUGGCUUCAGAGAAAGGCAAACACGUGAAAACACCUGCAAUGCAGGCUGGCGGGAUGCGCACUGGCCUUAUCAUGGGCAAAGUACGUAUCCACCAGACGGUAAUAGAAUAGUUUAUACAGCAAAUCAUGAAUAGUGAUAUAAUAGAGAGCCAUUGAACCAUAUAUAUAACUGAAUGGUUACUUUGAAAUACGCAUGCCGUGUCUGAGGGUAAAGUCACGCAUUUUAGCUUACUGUCGUCUAAUUGAAGGCCGUGCCAAGAAAGAUUGGGACUAGUUGAAUGGCUGGAUUCAAAUUUUGGCGGGAAGUAGCCGUCCAGUUAUAUUAAGUUCAAUGAUCAGUUGUGAAUUGUAAAUACGACAUUGAUAUUAGGCAUUUCAAAUUGAAACUACGGAAGCCAAGAAGCGCCACAAACUAAAUACAUUUUUACUCCUGAAAUAUUGUUCAAUCCAAAAUAUAUUUUCAUGGUGGUCUUUCUCGACUUCGUAUGAAACUUUCAAAACAAUCGCAACGAGUCUUUCAAGUUGAUCAAGACGUCUAUGUUUUGACGUCAUAACAAUGACGUAACUUGACGUCAUGGUUAAUUUGUUAGACGGUUGAGAUUUUUGUUGCGUUUUUUUUUGUAGAGUACACAUUAUAUGCAAAAUAUGUUCUGGUGUUUAAAUCUUUGACACAAUUUUAUGUAUUAAAGUUUAGUAUUUUAAA